AUGAAGAGCGCUGGUCCGAUUGAGAUCUCUACUCUACUCUCCACCGAGCUCUACUAUGGUUGGGCCGCGGGACGUCAGGGCAGACCCAUCGAUCUCAAGGAACAUGACCCAGAUACCUUCGCCGGCUAUGUACAAUGGCUUUACAGUCAUAAUGCCGAUACGACGUUCGACACGAUCAAGUGGGCGAGGAUGUAUGUCCUCGAUGAGAAGUUCAUGGAUGCUGAAUUCCAAGACACGGUACUUCAAACCUUGAUGACCGGAUGUAAUGCCUCGAAGAUGUUUCCUACAAAGGGACAGAUAAGCAUCAUAUACAACGGUACAGUGGAGGACUCGCUAGCCCGAGAAUUGCUUGUGGACCUCUACUGCAGGUUCAGCAGCAUCGAUUGA